AUUAGCUAAAGCGAUCUUUCAUUAUCGACCGCGCACAAGUCGAGUCGCUGGCGACGCUGGCGAAUGCUGGCGAAUUGUGGCGAAUGACUUCGCCGUUUCGAAGAGAAGUCAAAUUAGAAUCGAGUGUUCUGAGGGAGAAUGGGUCAGAAUCAGUCUGGGACUGGUGGCAGUGGAGGAGACAAGAAGGAUGACAAGGACAAGAAGAAAAAGUACGAGCCACCGAUUCCCACGAGAGUGGGCAAAAAGAAGAGGCGCACCAAAGGGCCGGAUGCCGCUCUGAAACUGCCUCAAGUGACUCCUCACACGCGUUGCAGGCUGAAGCUAUUGAAGAUGGAGCGAAUAAAAGAUUACCUGCUAAUGGAGGAAGAAUUCAUCAGGAAUCAGGAGCGCCUGAAGCCACAAGAGGAGAAGAACGAGGAGGAGAGAUCGAAAGUGGACGAUCUUCGUGGUACACCGAUGUCUGUUGGAACAUUGGAAGAGAUAAUCGAUGACAAUCACGCAAUAGUGUCCACCUCGGUCGGCUCCGAGCACUAUGUAUCCAUCCUGUCAUUUGUGGACAAGGAUCAAUUGGAGCCUGGUUGCUCUGUGCUAUUAAAUCAUAAAGUUCACGCGGUUGUUGGCGUUUUAGGCGAUGAUACAGAUCCCAUGGUUACAGUUAUGAAACUUGAAAAGGCUCCUCAGGAAACUUACACCGAUAUUGGAGGUCUUGAUACUCAGAUUCAAGAGAUUAAAGAAUCUGUAGAAUUACCAUUGACACAUCCAGAAUAUUAUGAGGAAAUGGGUAUUAAGCCUCCAAAGGGUGUGAUACUUUAUGGACCACCUGGCACAGGGAAGACACUGCUAGCCAAGGCUGUAGCCAAUCAAACAUCAGCUACGUUCUUGAGAGUUGUUGGUUCUGAACUUAUACAGAAAUAUCUAGGGGAUGGUCCAAAGCUUGUGAGAGAACUUUUUAGAGUCGCUGAAGAGCAUGCCCCUUCUAUUGUCUUCAUAGAUGAGAUAGAUGCGGUAGGAACGAAAAGAUACGAUAGUAAUAGCGGCGGCGAGAGAGAGAUUCAAAGAACUAUGUUGGAAUUGCUUAAUCAACUGGACGGUUUUGACAGUAGAGGCGACGUGAAAGUAGUUAUGGCUACUAAUAGGAUAGAAACCUUGGAUCCUGCUUUAAUUAGACCGGGUCGAAUUGAUAGGAAAAUAGAAUUCCCGUUACCAGAUGAGAAAACUAAAAGAAGAAUCUUCAAUAUUCAUACGAGUAGAAUGACUUUGGCACCUGACGUGAAUCUUGCAGAAUUAAUCAUGGCAAAGGAUGAUCUAUCUGGUGCGGACAUCAAGGCAAUAUGUACUGAGGCUGGUUUAAUGGCUCUACGUGAACGACGUAUGAAAGUUACCAGCGACGAUUUCAAGAAAUCUAAGGAAAGCGUGCUUUAUCGAAAGAAGGAAGGUUCCCCCGAGGGAUUAUAUUUAUAAAAUAAUAUUCAUUAUCAAUAAUUAAUCUCUGUAUUAUUGAGUCGCGGAAUUAUCCGGGUGUCAAUAAAAACUUUCUAUAGGAAAUUAAUUUUUUACAGCAA